CCGUAGCCGAUUUGUUCGUAGGCGUAAUAGAAGGGUAGCUUUGGGUUCUCAGUUUUUUUUUACAACUCCUCGGGCCAUACACAUCGCAGUUCGAUUUCGGCGAGUCUGAACCAACAUGGCGUCGUUACCAUCAUUGACGCUCCUGUCGCUCUGUGUACUGCUCCUAUGGCCCGAGAACCAAGCCGCUCCCACUUCUGUGUGUUAUGGAGACUUGGGCUGUUUCACCACGGAAGGUCAUUUCAAACACUUCGUUCUUCCAAUGCGACCGAGCGAUAUAAGGACGACGUUUUACGCCUACACACGUGGCCACCACUCCGAAAUUGAAGCUGGACACUCAGCCGGAUUAGAAUCAGCCCAUUUCAGCCAUGCGAGGCAAACAAUAAUGAUCGUUCACGGAUAUAUGAACAACAUUACGACGUCAUGGCUGACCGAAAUGAGGAACGCUCUACUUAGUGAGGGUGACUACAAUGUAAUCGUGGUUGACUGGGGGCAUGGUGCUAAAACAGGUUACAAUGUGGCGGCGGCAAACACCAUAGUAGUCGGGGCGGAAAUCGCUCAUAUCCUCAAGUACCUUCAUGACCACUUCCAUAUGAAUUAUGGGAAAGUACAUCUGAUUGGUCACAGCCUGGGCGCACAGGCGUGUGGCUACGCGGGCUCCAAGAUUCACGGACUCGGGCGCAUUAGCGGUCUGGAUCCGGCGCAGCCGUUCUUUGAGGAUCACGACGCCACGGUCAGACUCGAUCCUUCCGAUGCCAAUUUUGUUGACGUCAUUCACACUGAUGCUACCAAGUUUAUCGGCAUUGAAGGGUAUGGAAUGGUAAAACCUUGUGGGCAUGUGGACUUCUACCCCAAUGGAGGGAACAACCAGCCUGGCUGUGAGGAGAGACACAUAAUCGGGGCCAUAGAGGAUUUCUUGAACGGCAAAAUAAAAGCCGCUGCCGGCGACGUCUCCUGCAGUCACUCACGUGCCCACCAUUACUACGUCCACACCAUCAACCCCAGCGCCUGCCCCCUACAGGGAUACACCUGCUCAGAUUAUCACAAGUUCGAAUCCGGGGACUGUUUCAGCUGCAGUCACCAUAACUGCCCAGUCAUGGGAUUCCACGCUCAGCCCGCCCAUAAGGGAUCCUACUACCUGAAUACCCUUGAAAAAGAACCAUACUGCGGCGCACAGUAUUACGUAGAAGUGAAGUUGGCAGACAAGAUGUGGGACGGGUACGGGCGGAUCUUCAUCCAACUGAUUGGGUCGGGCGGAGAGUCCUCAUACAUCGAGUUCAACAAAAAAUCCGAACGUUUCCGGCAUGGACAAGUAGAAAACCACGUAAUUGUUUCGGAGAAGAAUGUCGGUACCGUUAAAGAAAUCAAGGUGAAAUUCGUCAAGACCGAUGGUUUGGGAGGAUUAUUUGCCCUGAAACAGCUGGCAUUUCACAUGGUGACUGUAAAGCCUGAAGACAGCGAGCAUUCGGUUGAAUUCUGUGCGCACGACCACGUCGUUAAAGAUGACCAUGUGAUUGCCCUGUUUAGAAGCCAUGGUUGCUAGGGACGCCAUGCACGAAUCAAAAUGUUAGACCUGUGAUUUGUAUGUACACGAUAAUGUAGUUCUACAUAUACGCAAACCAAUGCUCACUCUCACUGAAUAGUUUCUGAUAAAUGAUUGGGAAAUAUAGCAGAUGUGUGACAGUGUGUCAUAACACA